AAUACAAUAACAAACACAUGCUUUCAGAAUUAGCGUAAAACGUUUUGGAAAUCUGUUAUUUUUUAAUCAUUACUAUUAAACAUGAACGUGUAUAACUUCACACAAAUACUUAAUUUUGUACAUUGCGAAGAUGUAUCGGUGCUUUCAGACUUACAAAGUUUGAUCAAAGAUUGCAAUUGGGCCGAAUAUUUCAAAGCGCCAAUCAUUCAAUCGAUUAUAUUAGGCAAUGUAGCGUCAGUGGAUCGAUCUGAGUUACUUUCAACGGCCAUUGCUGCACUGCUCGCUUUUGUUCAGAACAAUUUCUUGGGUCCUCAGAUUUCCUAUACGGAUGUAAUAAAUUUUCCCAAGGACGUCACUAUUGCCGAACAAAUCACUUUGGAUGGUGAAGAGUUGAAUGUUAACACUCAUUCUCCUGAAUUACUGUACAUUUGUAAAUGUAUAUUCGAAAAAUUGAUUGACGAAGCUGAAGAGAAUGCAAGUUUUAUUGAAAGAUUUUGGUAUCUGCGUUAUUUGGUGAUUUAUCAACGAUGCUUAGAACAUUUGACACAUAGUUUAUACUACAGAUUUGACCGGAAUGUAGACCAAAUAGCUAAAGAAUUUGAUAAUGUAGAUGACCGAAACUUAAAAUUCCAAGCAUACAAUGAGAUUGUUCAAGGCUUUGUGUUAUUCAGAAGAAUCACAAAAUCAGAACGAUGGAUAGCUUUGUUACAGGAUUUAACUGGUAUUGAAUUGAAUGUUGAAGGUGCUCUCGGUGUACGAACAAAAUAUCAGCAAAAUGCAUUGCCGCAACUAACGUUGAGAGCAAAAGGUUUAGAAACGCUUUCUUUGCCAUCAUCAUUCGAAACGCAUGGUCGUGUUUCGUUGCCGACGAUCCUGAAACUAGAUGACGAUGUGCGACUGGAUAAGAUCAAGUUCACAGACGAACAAGAAAAUUCGGAUGCACAACUGCCUAGUAUAGUGCAACAAAUGGUACUAACAAAGAUUGUUUUUCUAAAAUAUUCACAACCCAAAGACAAACUAGCGGAUGAGGAACUUGAGCCGUAUAUAAAGUCUUUACUGUAUCAACAUCACGGUCCAUGGGCCACCCGAGUAGCCAGUUUAUUUCUUAACAUAUGUCAGGAAGCAAACCAUAAACGAACGGUCGAUCGCUCGUUGAAGCAAUGCGAAGAACUGAUACAUCUACUAGAUUCAAAUGCAGUACCGAUGUCUCAUCGAUUGUCUUACGUUUUCUCUGCUACGCUAAUUCCUCGAUGGACUAUCAAAUCCAAACUGGGAGAUCUUAUGAUCAGUCUUGGGAUGAUCAAAAGUGCUCUCGAUCUGUACCUUCAAUUACAACAGUGGGAAGAGGUUAUCGCUUGUUACAAUCAUUUAGAACUGAAACACAAAGCAGCAGAAAUCAUUCAACAAGAAAUCAGUAAAAAACCUACGGUGACUCUGUACUGUCUACUUGGUGAUGCCACCGAUGAUAUUCAAUAUUAUCAGAAGGCAUGGGAGCUGUCAAAGGAAACUAGUGCCAGAGCACAGCGUCACUGGGGUAAUUUUUAUUUCGCUAAAAGACAAUACCAGGAAUCGAUUUUACAUUUGCAAAAAUCUAUCGAAAUCAAUUGCCUUCAGGAGAACACGCUACUGCGACUGGGAUAUGCUGCUCUGCAACUUGAACAAUGGGAAGAAGCUGCCAAAGCUUAUCGGCUGUACACAUCUCUAGAACCGUAUGGGUUUGAAUCAUGGAACAAUUUAGCAAAAGCCUACAUCAAACUAGGUGAUAAAAAACGAGCACACAAAAUUCUCCAAGAAGCAUUGAAAUGUAAUUUCAACAAUUGGAAAGUGUGGGACAACUAUUUAGUCGUAAGCAUUGAUACAAAAAAUUAUGAAGAUGCUCUAAAUGCAUACGAAAGGCUUGUUGAACUAAGUGAUAAAUUUCAUGAUCCAGAAGUGCUGGAGAUUCUAGUUAAAGUUAUUUCGGAAGGAGCUCCCGAUGCCAAUGGAGUCUCAUCAAGUCGCCUAACAAAGAAAAUGGUUAAAUUACUAGGUCAUGCAUGCGCAAAAAAUUCCAACAAUGGCUAUUUGUAUGAACUAUCCUCUCUGUUAGAGAAAGAUGAUUACUUGAAGAAGGCACAAAAACUUCAAAACGCCUACCGGGGAUUUACCUUAUCCAACAGUCAAUGGUCGAAGGCUCCCGACAGUUGUGAAAAAAUAGUAAAAUUGUGUAUUCAAUUGUGCGAAAGUAGCUUACGAGCGUUCCUAGACGGAAAGGAAGACGCUGGGAAACUCCCGUCUCUUAAAUCUCAGUUAUCUUCUGCUAGACUAACUGGACAGGGAUGCUGGAAAGCGGCGAACACCGAAAACUGGGAACAAAACGCUGGUCUGAUAGAUUCCCUGAAAGAAAUUGUACAAAAAUUGACCGAUGAGUUAACGAAUGUUAUGAAUCAGUAAAUGGUGAAUAAAAUUGAAAUUUUACUAAAAGGUCAGGUACCAGAA